AUGGGCAAGUCCAAGGCACGAGGCAGUAAGAAGCCCAUCGCGAAACCCCCAGCACCCGCCGCACCACCCUCAGCCUCAGCUGCUCCACCUACAUCUCGCCUCCCGCUCCCCCCGCUCAUCCCUCUCGAUCUCGUUCCCUCUCCCCUUCCCUCAUCACUCAUACCCCCCUCGACCUCCGUCGACCUGAACGACCCCAACUUUCGUACGGCCUGGCAGAAUUGGACAACAUCCGCCCUGGGGCGACUGGACCAGCUUCCCAAGCUAUCCCAGAGCCAGCUGAAUGCCAUCGCCGGCGCAGCGGCGGGUAUCGACGGUUCGGCGAGUCUAGGAAUAGACCUCCCGGCGAGUCUGGCGGCGCUGUUCGAGGCCAAAUUGACGCUGGAUAGGGAGAAGGCCAAGUUGGUGCGGAUGCAAAAGGAGCUCAAGGGGUACAAGGAUGCGGCGGGCGGGGCGGUCGGACCAGAGGCAGCAGCGGCGGCGGCGCAUGCGCAUGCUAUGGCGCAUGCGAUGGCUCAUGCUCAGCACCACAUGCACGAGCAUGAUCAUGGGCAUGGACAUGGUCAUGCGCAUGUACAUCCGAUAGGAAAUGGGAAGGGCAAGGAGGUCAUGCACGAGGAGGACUAUGGGGAAUGUACAUGUCACGAACACGGGGAGGAAUACUACGAGUCUGAGGAAGAAUGCUACGACUGCGAUUGCGACUGUCAUGGGUGCGAACAUGACGAGGAGGAGGAGGAAGAGGAGGAGCGGGGGAGUACCCUAAUAGACGAUCCGGAACGAUUCGAACUUGCCGUACGCGAACUGUUCAACUGGAUCAAAGCCGUCGUCUGGACCAUCGAGCAAGCCGCCAUAGUUGCUGGAAAGCGUACAGGGAGAUGA